AAAAAAAAUUCUUUCUCCAUUUCUUCUUUCCAACAACAAGAAAAAAAUACAAAAAAAUAAUCAAAAUCCCAACUAAACAAAAGAGAAAAAACAAGAAAAAUAAAUGGGUUCAUCAAUGAAAUCAUCUUUGAUCCUUUUUUUUACAUGUUCCCUUUUCCUCCAAGUCGCUUAUGCCGUAUAUAAAACUGAGGUGAAAUGUGAGAGUUUACCAAAUGGUGAUUGUGCAUUUGCAAUUUCAUCAACAGGAAAAAGGUGUGUAUUAGAAAAAGCAACAACACCAAAAGAUGACUUAAUAAGUAGUGAGUAUGAAUGCAAGACAUCAGAAGUGAUAGUUGAAAACAUGAAGGAACACAUUGAAACAGAUGAAUGUAUUGAAUCUUGUGGUCUUAAUAGAAAUUUCUUUGGAAUUUCUUCUGAUGAUUUGCUUGAGCCUCAAUUUGUCUCCAAAUUAUGUGCCCCUGCUUGUUAUCAAGAAUGUCCCAAUAUUGUUGACCUUUACUUCAACUUGGCUGCUGGUGAAGCAUACUUGCCAGACUUAUGCAACAAGAACAAGAAGUUGCAAAGCAGUGGUGCUGCUGAAGAUGGUGUUGAUGCUCCUGCUCCAUCUCCUUCUAUUUUCUAAAUUA